AUGGAAUACAAGGACUCGGAUCUUGUACCUUCUACAUAUAACAUAUAUGGGUUCAAUAAGGAGGAUGAGGAGGAAAUCAAUGAAACAAAAGUUCAUAUUGAGGAACAUAACAACGCAAUUCAAGAGGAAGGAGGCCAGGUCAAUCAAAAGACAAGGGGAAAGUCCAAGAAGGGGAAGGUUGUUGAAGGAAAUGAAAUGACAAAGAACAAAAGGGAAACUCCCACGACAAAGGAGAAACAAAUUCCACGAGAAGGAGGGAAGAUGAACCGGUCAAGAGGAAAAAGGGUGCAAGGACAAGAGGCAGAGGAAAGCAUUGAAAUACAAAAUUUGCAGAAUAAAUUUAAAGACAGUCGCGAAGACGAGGAGAUGGCCCAGCUAAAGGAGGAACUUUACGAAGAGAGGCGAAGGAAGCAGGCAGAUAGUGAUAUACAGGAGGAGAGAUAUGCUAUGGGAAGAUCACGAACUGAAGAAAAACAUUACGCACGAAAACGAGAAGGUCUAGGGCAAGGUGAGCAAAAGGAGCGAGAAGACUUGAAGAAAGCCAUCGAAAGCAGCAGAAGAGAAUUCAGGGAAAGAGAGUAUCAAAUGCAAUAA